GUCCUGGUUCCUCUGUGACACCCUUCCUAGCCACUCGGUCCCUCCUUCCUCUGACCCUGAAGCUCCUGUUGUCUGGACCCCAGGGAGAAAGACAAAAAAAAACUGUGGGAUUUAUUUAACAUGAUCUUGGCAAACGCCUUCUGCCUCUUCUUCUUUUUAGACGAGACCCUCCGCUCUUUGGCCAGCCCUUCCUCCCUGCAGGGCCCCGAGCUCCACGGCUGGCGCCCCCCAGUGGACUGUGUCCGGGCCAAUGAGCUGUGCGCGGCUGAAUCCAACUGCAGCUCGCGCUACCGCACGCUGCGGCAGUGCCUGGCGGGCCGGGACCGCAACACCAUGCUGGCCAACAAGGAGUGCCAGGCGGCCCUGGAGGUCCUGCAGGAGAGCCCGCUGUACGACUGCCGCUGCAAGCGGGGCAUGAAGAAGGAGCUGCAGUGCUUGCAGAUCUACUGGAGCAUCCACCUGGGGCUGACUGAAGGCGAGGAGUUUUACGAAGCCUCACCCUACGAGCCCGUGACCUCCCGCCUGUCGGACAUCUUCAGGCUCGCUUCAAUCUUCUCAGGGACAGGGGCAGACCCGGUGGUCAGCACCAGGAGCAACCACUGCCUGGAUGCUGCCAAGGCCUGCAACCUGAAUGACAACUGCAAGAAGCUGCGCUCCUCCUACAUCUCUAUCUGCAACCGCGAGAUCUCGCCCACCGAGCGCUGUAACCGCCGCAAGUGCCACAAGGCCCUGCGCCAGUUCUUCGACCGGGUGCCCAGCGAGUACACCUACCGCAUGCUCUUCUGCUCCUGCCAAGACCAGGCGUGUGCCGAGCGCCGCCGGCAAACCAUCCUGCCCAGAUGCUCCUACGAGGACAAGGAGAAGCCCAACUGCCUGGAGCUCCGCAGCGUGUGCCGGACUGACCACCUGUGCCGGUAAGAGUGAUGCUGCUGCAGCUCCGGGG